AUGGGCGCUCCGGUCGUGGCUCUGCUGCUGGCGCAGCUGCUGGUGCGCGUCGAACUCGAGAUGCAGGCGUGGCCGGAACAGGACACGAUGUUUGCAGGUUUCGAGAACUCGUCGUUGCUCACAUGGCCAUGUGGCCGACGGGCCAUAGGGACGCGUGUGGUGGGAGGAAAGGACGCGGAGCUGGGGCGCUGGCCGUGGCAGGGCAGCCUGCGCAUCUGGGGCUCCCAUUCCUGCGGAGCGAGCCUGCUCAACCGGCGCUGGGUGCUCACGGCGGCGCACUGCUUUGAAUCGUCCACUGACCCCUUUGUGUGGACAGUCCAGUUUGGUGAGCUGUCUUCUGAGCCUGCUAUCUGGAACCUGCAGGCCUACCGCAACCGUUACCAGGUGGAGCGUAUUGUUAUGAGCCCCAGGUAUCUGGGGGCUGUAUCCAAUGACAUUGCCAUGUUGAGGCUGACCUCGUCUGUCACCUACACUAAGUACAUCCAGCCCAUCUGUGUCCUGACCUCUUCCGCUGAGUUCCAGAACCGGACUGACUGCUGGGUGACUGGCUGGGGGGAAAUCAAAGAAGGUGAAGAUCUGCCGUCUCCCUACACCCUCCAGGAAGUGCAGGUCGGCGUCAUAAACACCACUAUGUGUAACUACCUUUACUCACAGCCUUAUUUCAGCCACAACAUCUGGGGAGACAUGAUUUGUGCUGGCUUCGCUCAAGGUGGCAAGGACGCCUGUUUCGGCGACUCAGGCGGACCCUUGGCCUGCGAAAAGAAAGGGCUGUGGUAUCAGGUUGGAGUCGUGAGCUGGGGAGUGGGCUGUGGUAGGCCCAACCGGCCCGGUGUCUACACCAACGUCAGUAUGCACUUCAAGUGGAUGCAGAAGCUGGUUGCCCGCAGCAACAUUCACAGGCCAUGCUCCUGGCUGCUGCUGCUGGUCCUCCACCUCCUCUGGGCUGCCCCAGCCCUGCAGCCAGCCUGA